UCUAUUGCGUUGAAUAACACAGGUGUGUUCGGGAGCGCAUGCGCCCGGUGUGACGUUAUUCGGGUUGACAGGGUUCACUUGGCAGCUGUUGGCUUGGCCUCUGCAAGCGUAUGUUGAGUGUUCAAGCAUUCAGUAUGCCACUGCGCGCGAAACAGCGCUGACUGUGAGCAUAACGUGUUCGAAUUUUAUCAAAAUAGUCGAAUAAUUACGCGAUUUUCUGCGCGCGUGAAUUUUUAAAAUCUAAGUGCAAUACUGUGCAUCGUUUUCUUUUGAUUUGUUGCCAUAUUUUUGUACGAUUUUUAAGUGUUUUUAAGUGUCAGUGAAAAAGCCGGAUAAACAUGGAUCUGGAGUUUCGAAAUUUGACUUACACGGUGCAAAGUCGCAUCAUAAGAGGCUCAUCACGACAAGUUGUGAAAGGCGUAAAUGGAAGGUUUAUGUCCGGACAGCUGGUUGCGAUCAUGGGCCCAUCUGGUGCUGGCAAAAGUUCACUGUUGAAUGCUAUAUCCGGUUACAGGUCAAAUGGUGUCACAGGCGAGCUAUUGGUUAACGGCGAAACGCGCGAUGAGCAAUCGUUUCAAAGAUCUUCGUGUUAUAUCACACAAGAAGACUUGCUUCAGCCUUUAUUAACUGUGCGAGAGGCGAUAGACGUCGCGGCCAGUUUGAAAUUGCCAAAAGGAAGCAAAGCCCCCUCAGAAGAGAUAUUACAAGAGUUAGGCCUGUUGGAACACCAGCACACCAAGACCGAUCAAUUAUCGGGUGGACAAAAGAAGAGGCUAUCAAUCGCCCUGGAGUUGGUGAACAAUCCUCCUGUAUUCUUCCUUGAUGAGCCGACGAGUGGUCUGGACAAUGUGACGACCGUGCAAUGUGUCAAACUACUAAAGCAGCUCGCGAGACAAGGAAGAACUGUGGUCUGCACCAUUCACCAGCCUGCCGCUUCGCUGUUUGAGUUAUUUGAUCAGGCGUACAUAAUCGCUGAUGGCCUAUGCAUCUACCAAGGAGACACUGAGGCCAUGGUACCACAUCUGUCCAGCCUGGGCCUGGUUUGUCCUCGCCAUCACAAUCCAGCCGAUUAUAUAAUCGAGCUAACGGAGAGUCCAGAAUGCAUCCAAGUAUUAACAGAAGAAAUCCUCAACGGUAGUCUGUAUAAGUCAACAAAAAUUGAAAGUACAAACCUGGAGCCAGUCAAUACAAUGCAAUUGAAGAUUUGUUACCAAACAGAUGACAAUGUUGGUGAAACGGAAAUAGUAUUAUCAACAGACAAAUGCACGUUCAACAUGCAAGAGUAUACGGCAGCGUCAUCAACAACUUUAGCGAGUAAAAUUUCCAAAGACUCCUCAGUUGCCUGGAUGAAAAUGCAGAAAGUAGAAUCCAAAGGAUACCCCACUACUUUCUCCCAACAGUUCAUUAUACUACUAACAAGAAUGCUAUUGCAAAUAUCAAGAAAUCGACAAGCACUAUGGAUUCAAACUAUACACCACAUAGGCUGUGCGCUAUUGAUAGGCGUAUGUUUCUUCAAUAUGGCAAAUGACGGUACACAGAUGUUCAACCAUUUGAAGAUGUGUGUGGGUCUUGUUAUAUUCUUCGUGUACACACAGAUCAUGGUACCAGUACUAGUCUAUCCCCAAGAAGUAAAAUUGGUAAAAAAGGAACAUUUUAAUGGCUGGUACAACCUGGUGCCAUACUACGCGGCGUUAACAGUCUCAAAACUUCCAGUACAAGUUUCCUUAAACAUGAUCUUUUCAACGAUUGUGUUCUUCAUGGUCGGAGUUCCAUACGCCAAUGAUAGGUUCCUGGCGUUCUGUCUAAUAGGAAAUAUCGUUUCUCUGGUCGCUGAGGGUGUUGGAAUGGCUAUUGGAUCGGUGUUUAGUGUUAGGAAUGGAUGUGCGAUCGGCCCAGCAGCUAUUGCCCCUUUCCUUGGUUUGGCCAUCUACGGCUUCGACUUCGCUCACAAAAUCCCCCUAAUAAUGACCAUCAUCAUGAAGACUUCCUUCAUCCGAUGCGGAGUAGUUGCCAUGGUGCUUACAAUUUUCGGCUUUGGACGACAACCCCUCGAGUGUAACGAUGUCUACUGCCACUUUGCAAAGCCAGACGUUCUUUUACAGUACUUAGAUAUCGAAAAAAGUUCCGUCUGGUUUGAAAUAUUUAUAAUGGUCAGUAUCAUGAUCGCCGUACGGUUUCUUUGUUUCAUGGGCCUCAGGUGGCGGUUCGCGACAUGAUACAAUAGUCUAUAAUUUCAGGUACAUAGUACAACUACAUGUGAUAGAUUGCAAGUAAUUUAUGUUGUUUGUGAUGUAAUGCAUUUUUCAAACAGGUGAACCAAAGAAUCCUGGGCGUGACUGACUGUGAAUGUUUUAGUAUUAUUAGGACGAUUUGUAAGCGAAGCCAGUAGAAAAUAGUUUAUGCUUCAAAUGAAUAUAAUACUUCUAUAGCUAUAGGUAAUAGCAAUUGACUUUGAAACUGUAACCAUAUUUUUUUUAAAUAUUUUAAUAUUCGUCAACAAUUCAACAUCUGUUGAAUAUAUCUGUACAUGGUUAAAGAAUGAUACCCAGCAUUUAGCUUUUUUUAUGUUAUUUUAAAUACAAUAUCCUGAUAAAAGUAAUAAUAAACAUAAUAAAAAUAACAAUAAACAUUAUGUUGUAUAGGGAGAAAUACUUAUUUUAUAUAAGUGUCGAGAAAGGCGUCAUAUAAUAAUACGCCUUUAAUAAAAUUAAUGUAAUUUCUGUCAACAGUGACAACAAAUGUUGGUUAAUCUGUUUGUUCUCGAACCUUGCGACUGUUAUUGCUGCUGCUAUUGUUAUUAAUUAUCACUUCAUCGAUCGAAUCGAAUCAUCGAACGUGAUAAACAAUUAAAUGUUUCUCAAGAUUAAUUCCUUAAAAAUAUAAUAAAGCGAUUACAAAAAUUCUGUAAUAGCAUCAAGAUUAAGUUGUGUGUCAAUUGUAUUCUUGCCCAGUGUUACUUUAUUUUUUUUGCGUGGUGUAAUAGAAGGUUUAAUAAUAGGCCUUACUCUGAAAGACACAAUAUGCUUAUAAAUCAGCUAACUAACCGGGCAUACAAAUCCUUAGCUGAGAUGAUCCGUGAUUUACACCUAAGUAUAAUUAAAAGUCAAUCAUUAAAGUUAAUAAACAAUCUCGUGGACUGUUGUAACUGCUAGGACGAAAUUUCAUCUAUAUUACCACACUACAACUACUACAUUUUUACAAAGGACGUGUUAUCCAUAAAUUAUAUAAUGGUUAUCAUUGGGACCUUUACGCAUUUAGAAUUUUGAGUCAAAGAGAUUUUGUACCUUUAGAAGCCAGAGAUCUAAAAGUAUUUCACCCGGGACAUAUUAUACCAUUUCAAUUUCUAAACAUGUGUCAGAUUUGAGUUUGACAGAACUUGAUAUUUCAUGUUCUAGAGAAUAAUAUCUAUGGUUAAUUCCAAAUAUAAUAAUUAGAAAAAUAAGUUAUGACUUAAAAGUCUAUGUUACCAGGUCAUAAAAUUAAAAAAGAAUAAUAAUUAGAAAGUUAGUUUUCUUUGUUACUGCGGCCUUAAAACAUGGCCAGCAAAAUAAAAACGUACUUAAAAAAAAGCUUUUUAAAAUAAUCUGAAAAGUAACGAAAUGUAGACAUAUUUCAUCUACCUCUUUGUGUAUUUUAAUACCUAUUAUUUUUUCAACAUUUAUUCAUUAAAUUAUUUGUCUCAUAAAAGUCUCCUAUGCUAGAACCUAUUGAAUUAGAAAUAUCAAACUACUAACUAGCUUCUUUAUAUGCUAUUAAAAAUACAUAAGUAGGGAUUUGUCUAGAGAAGCUUUCUCAAUGUGUGUUGAGAAAUUUAAUUUUUCAGGUGUAUUAAAAUGAUUAGACCAAUUUCUUGUUUUAAAUGGAAAAUCUCUGUACUGGAAGUUCACAUUGAAGACAUAAGAAUGUAAAUAUUGUUUCCUAAAAGCCUUUCAUAACAUCAAAGAUCAUUUCUUUGAUGAUGUAAAUAAAGAUACCUUAGGUAGAACUUGGGAGAGGUGUUUUAUACUGUACUUAAAUUCUAUUGUAUAAGUACAUCAUAUUGUAGAUAUAAGAAUUACGAGCCCAACUUAGAUUUAAUUCCAUAAUAUAUAUAUAUUAAACUGACUAUAUUAUAAGCAAACAAACAAGAAAUGUGAACAUUAUGUGUAUACAACAGAAUCAUCAGUGUUAAUAUGUAUUUUUUACUUUUGUAAUAAAGAAAAGUUAAUGAUUUGU